AUGAACGCCAGUAAUAUAUGUCAGAGUCAUCUUGAUCUCAAUGCACAGAACGGUAUUACAAGCUACGAUAUCAAUUCUCUUGUCGAUGAUGAUUUUGAGGUAAUCGGUAGUUUGAGUGAUACGAUGCGUUCGGUGUCAUUGGAAACUAGUUCAGAAAUACCGCUGUAUAAUAUAGAAAUUGGUAACCGUUACACCAUUGCCGAAAAUCCCACUAGUGCAACUGCCGUAACGAAUAAAAAGAUUGAUGAGGGCACUGCAUUAGCGAAUAACAGUUUGAAUCUGUUGUUAAGUAAUGCUGGUCGGAAUACUAAUAUUCUGACGCAGAUCAUUAUUAAGUCAUCAUCAAUCGAUAGUACAGAUCUUUCGGUCCAUCUUUUUCAUGAAGACCCUAUUAACACAGUUGAAUUGAUACGAGCUGACUAUCAAGCUGCACAGCAAGCAGCUAAGCAGGAAAAUGAGUUGUUACGUAAAGCAUGCGAAAAAAAAAACGAACAGAUAAUAAUAUUCUUAUUCAGAUUGAAAUGUUGCGCCGUAGAUUGGAUGAAGAAAUUGCGCAGAAGAUUCAACUCAGUGCAGAAUUGGAAGAGAUUCAGCGCAAUCUUAAUGAAUGCAGGUAAGAUAAAAGUGGACGAGGAGAUUGCCGGCAAAAUUGAGCGUGAAGACAUUAUCAGAGUUCUGCAAACGACAAUUGUACAACUUCAGAGUAGCGGUGAUUUAAGUUGCCUUGGAUCAAGUGUGGUUAACGAACAAGCUUUGGUUUCCUCGCUGCAUGAAAAAGAAGAACUCAUUGAGGCGCUUAAAAAACAAUUAGAAGGAGCUGAGGAGCGGUAUGAAAAAGAGCAUAAGGAGGUACUGGAUUUGGAAGAAAUAGUAAAAAUCCUUCACGAAUACCUCCAGAAUGAUCAGCAGACGCAAGUGGAAUAA